AAAACCUCGUGUCUGGCUCUGGCCGGGGUCUCGCCAACCCCUGGAGCUGUGUGGGGAGGGUGAAGCCAGGGCUGGGGUAGGGCAAAGAGGAAGGGGGAGCACGAUUGGAGCUCGCAGAGCAGCCGCCGCACCCCUGGCAGCCCUGGGUGCUGUUGGGGUGCCUGCAGAGGGAGCGCCCGGGCAAAGGUUCCUUUUGCUCUCCUGCUUCCCGUGCAGUGGGUUCCUGCUCGACCCAGGGCAGAGCUCCCCCUCUGUAGGGAGCCCCAGCUGCCCCCGCGCCCUGCCGGACCCCCACAUGGACACCGAGGCGCAGGAUGGUGCCGAGGUGCAGGAUGGUGCCGAGGCUCUGUCGGAGGGAUGUUCGCUGGCCGAGGUCUCGGAGGGGCCCCCAGCACAGUGGUCGGUGCCGGAGGUGUGCGCCUGGCUGGAUGCGCGGUGCGGGGACGGGGACCUGGUGCAGCUGGCGGCCGAGCACGGGGUCAGCGGCCGGGCCCUGCUGCGAAUGACUGAGGGGACCCUGCGGCGCAUGGGGGUCGCCCCCCGCAGCCGGCGCCGGGAGCUGCUGCGGGAGCUGCUGGGGCUGCGGCUGCAGCAGGAGCUGGAGGAGCUGCUGAGCAUCGCCGGGGAUUACUGCCAACCACCACUAACAAGAAUACCUACGAUUAACUGCAAUGGAUGCACUCAACUCCUUGACCUAGCCCACAGCAGCUUGGCUCGGGCUCCCAAGAAAGAAAGGCCUAGGCCCUGACCAGGCCACAAACUUCCUUGAUUCCUGCCUGUUCUUUGGAACCCCCCUGAAUCAGGUUGUGUGGUGUGCUUUGAUGUUCGUCAGCCUGGAAACCAGUUCACAGGACCAUGGACUCAUUUAGGUUGGCACAGACCUCCAAGACCACCACGUCCAUCUGUUAACCUAGCACUGAGAAGUCUACCACUACACCAUGUCCCUAAGCGCCACCUCUACAUGCCUUUUGAACGCCUCCAGGGAUGGUGGCCCAACCACUUUCCUGGGCAUCCUCUUCCAAUGCCUCGCAACCCUUUAGUGAACAAAUUUUCCCUAAUAUCCAACCUAAACGUCCCCUGGUGCAACUUGAGGCCAUUUCAUCAUCAUGUGAUUAACAAGCGAAUAGCAGGAGGUUCUUCCAAGACUAAUUUAUCAGGGAGUAAAAGAAGUCGUGGGUGCAAGGAGUGUUGUGCUUGCCUUUCCCAUUUUUUGUAGUCUGACUACAAGCCAACCGCUUUAUUCCAUAAAUAUGGCUGCAUGAGCUUUUGGGGGCUUUCCCUGCACAGCAGUGGGCUGCGUGGUGGCGGCCACCCCACGAUCAGGGACAGCUCCCCAGGACACUGCUGGAGGCUGAGAGGCCCCUUACCAGCUGCAGAUCUUCUGUCAGAGACCGACAUCACACACAUGUACCAAAGGGUGUUAAGACCUUGCAGGGGGUGGCACUGGGGGGGCUCUGAGGGCCCUGCCAGCCCAAACCGCUCUGGGAUUCUGUGAUUUUAUCAACAGUUGCUGCAUCAGAAGUAUGGCAGCAAAUAUACACACACCAAUGAUAGGAUGAGAGGGAAUGGGCUGAAGUUGGGCUAGGGGACGUUUAGGUUGGAUAUUAGGGAAAACUUCUUUACCGAAAGGGUUGUUAGGCAUUGG